ACAGUUACCAACAGGAAACAUGAAGUUCGCAGUUCUGGUUUUCUUCUUCGUCGCCCUCGUGGCAGUCGCUUCAGCGCAGCGGUCUCUGAUGAACGUGGCCUACAACUGCCUGGUUAACACUUACACGAACUACCGUGCAGUGACGCUUGGAGAAUUGGCCAACUGGACUCUGAGAGGACUCAUCAAUACCUUAGUCAGACUGGACCAUGGCCUCUACAGAUUACAAUUACUAUAGACAUUUCAAGUGUUUAUGUAAUAUAUCAAUAUAUUUUUAAUAAAAUAACUUAUUAAAUACUU